GCCCGCACAGUCGCAGGAGGGCUGCGCUCCCACCGGGCAGGAUGAGGCUGCUCUUCCCUACCCUUGUGCUGGCCCUGCUCACUGCUGCCCAUGCUGCUGAAGACUCCUGUGUGGGCCGCUGUGACGAUGGCUUCGAUGCCAAGCGCAAGUGCCAGUGUGACACCCUCUGCGUGUACUACCAGAGCUGCUGCAGUGACUACUCCACCGUCUGCAAAGCCAAAGUGACCCGGGGAGAUGUGUUUGCCUUGCCGGAGGAUGACUACCUCGACUACAACUUCACUGUCGACUUGGGCACGACUGAAGGCCCCGGGGCAGCCCUCCCAGAGCUACCCACAGAGCUGCCCACGUCCCUGCCUCCAGCAGAGCCCACACUGGAGAGCAAGCCAGACCCCGAGGAGACACUGCCAGAGGUGCCCAGCACCACGCAGGGUGGGUUUGGGGAGCCGGAGCCUGUGGAGGAGACGGAGGAGCUGUGCAGCAGGAAACCUUUUGAUGCCUUCACUGACCUGAAGAAUGGUUCCCUUUAUGCUUUCCGAGGGAAGUACUUCUAUGAGCUGGAUGAGACCAGCGUGCGUCCCGGCUACCCCAAGCUCAUCAGGGAUGUCUGGGGCAUCGAGGGGCCCAUUGACGCAGCCUUCACACGCAUUAACUGCGAGGGCAAGACUUACCUCUUCAAGGGCAGCCAGUACUGGCGCUUUGACGAUGGAGUUCUGGACCCUGGGUACCCUCGUGACAUCUCUGAGGGCUUCGAAGGCAUCCCGAAUGACAUCGAUGCGGCCUUCGCCCUCCCUGCCCACAGCUACCACGGCAAUGAGAGAGUCUACUUCUUCAAGGACAAGUACUAUUGGUCCUAUGACUUUGCCAACCAGCCCACUCAGGCUGACUGCGAGAAGUCCUCCCCCUCCACUGUGUUCAACCACUACGCCUUCAUGAACAGGGACAGCUGGGAGGACGUCUUCCAGAUCCUCUUUGGCAGCAGGAUGACGGGCUCCAAGUGUGAGACCCUCCAGAGCGUCUACUUCUUUGUAGGAGACAAGUACUAUCGUGUCAACCUGCGCACCAAGCGUGUGGACCUGGUGCAGCCCCGCUACCCCCGCUCCAUCGCCCAGUACGGGCUGGCCG